UCUUUUUCUUUCGUUUUAUAAACCCUAGCUGGACGGCUCCCCACACGCAUACAGAGGGAGCGAAAAUGAAGUACAAUCCUAGGGUUACCUCCUCUCGCCGCAAGAAUCGCAAGGCGCACUUCUCCGCGCCGUCGAGUGUUCGGAGGAUUCUGAUGAGUGCUCCGCUCUCAUCUGACCUUCGUCAGAAGUACAAUGUCCGAUCGAUGCCAGUCCGCAAGGACGACGAGGUGCAAGUGGUACGCGGUUCGUUUAAGGGCCGUGAGGGCAAGGUUGUCCAGGUCUACCGUCGCAAGUGGGUUAUCCAUAUUGAGCGUGUAACUCGUGAGAAGGUUAAUGGCUCAACAGUUAAUGUUGGCAUCAACCCUUCCAAGGUUGUUAUCAGUAAGCUACGUCUUGACAAGGAUCGCAAGUCUCUGCUUGACCGCAAGGCUAAGGGUCGUGCUGCCGCUGAUAAGGACAAGGGCACCAAGUUCACUGCGGAGGAUAUUAUGCAGAGCGUCGACUAAAUCAACUUCGAUUACAGAUUUACAAGGUUUUGAUGUAUUGUGAUACCUGGUACUUCGGAAUUUCUUUUAUGUUUUGGUGGGUUUCAUUAAGAACAAGGAUUCCAUUAGAUGUUUCAAUUUAUGUUUAUGUUUAUGUUGUAUGCUGGAUUUGGAUCUGGACAUUGAAGUUUAUUAGUGUUUACUGGGACCUUGUGGAAUUUUUUGACGUUCUAAUGUUAUAUUUUGAUUA